CUCUCCGUCGCAAUAUUCUCCUAUCUGGCCCUUCCAAAAAACCCUCCCUUUCCAUCUCUUUUCAAUUGAUCAUACUCCUUUUUGGAACUCCUUUCUUGUCGAUCCGUUCUUUUUGGUUAAAAUUCGUUUUGUUGUAUUUCUCCCACCUUUCCCUCAUCAUGCACUUCUCCACACUUUUCCUGCUACCGCUCCUCGUCGCAGCCGACCAAGCGGCGCUGAAGGACAAGGCCGCCGGAUGGUUCGACAAAGCCAAGUCGUACAUCCCCAGCGCAGUUCCCAACCCCAUCGAUGCCGGCGCGGCGAAGGUCGCAGGAUCCAGUGUUGAACCGAUCAACAUUCGCAACUGGCAGCGCCAGCUGGGCCCGAAACUGGACACCGAGGAAGAAUGGAUGGUCUACAUGACUGGAGGCAACAAGAGUUGUUUCGGUCGAUGCGGCGCGGUCGACUUGACUUGGAAUGAAUCGGUCCCUCUCCUCGUCGCGCUACCAAAGACCGCAGGAUCUCCGCCGUUGCAUCUAGGUUUCGUCGACUGUGACAAGGAGGAGAUUUUGUGUACGGGUUGGGCUGCGACGUUGCCAUCGAUCUAUCACUUCAUGGUGCCGAUCCAGUCGAACCCUCCACCCAAAGUGCCUCUCCACAUCGUCCCACUCAACCUGACCACCACGACCGUCGCCGACAUCGUGUCGAUCCCUUCGAACUCCAAGGCGCGAUACCUCGAGAAGGAAGAGUACACCGGCAUUCUGCACCCAUUUGAUGGAAUCAUGUCCAAGCUCGGCCUUCUCCAGCCUUUCGGAUACCUCAUGUGGGGCUUGAGCACGAUCCCCAGCUGGGUCAUGAUGAUCGGUAUCAGUUUCAUCUCGAGGCAGAUCAUGAGCAGGAGAAUGCAGGGUGGGCAAGCCGGCGUGCCUGCUGCUGCUGGUGCAGCCCAGCCCGCCGCACCUCGACCUGCGCCGGCGGCCGCGGCGCAAGGAGGCGGACGUAAGAAGAAAUGAGUUGAAACCGGGACAGGCAUAGGAGAUGAAAGGUGACGCUGGAUAUCAUACAAAAAAGAAAACGUUGGAUGGGAUAUCGCCGGGCUUCAACUACGCCUGUGGCCCAGACAGUGGGUGGCUUUAUUAGACGUAUACUUGCUUCCUCUUGUCGCAAGAGAUAAAACGUAAUUUGUUCUUGUACAGUACAUGGAGGCUCUCAAAUAUCCAGCAACCAUAGUGCCA